AGCGGUUACUUCCUCGUCAGCUGAAGCUGAACUCGUGGGGGCGCUACACAAGCGCGGAGAAGGUCUGGGAACUGAAGACUUUUGCUAUAUAAAGUGUCUUUACGCGUUAACACAGAGAAUCAGGUGAAAGUUCCAAGUCUUAGCCAGCGAGUAAGUUGGUUAGCACUGAAAAAAGUUUACUUUUUUUGUCAUCACCCCCCCCCACCUCGGAUAGUCGACACGUGACCUAUUGUUCGACCAAUCGCGCCUUAAGACGAAGCGGCUCUUCAUUUUGAAUAGAGCUCCACGGUGCUGCUGAUCUGGAGUCCCAGUUUUUAUGGUUCUAAUGGGCUUGUGAAGCCCCGUCUUACCUGGAGGAUUCGAACCGUCGAUCACGUAGAUUCUGACGAACAUGGCCUCGCAGAUAAUCACCCCGGGUCCGUACCGUGCCACGAAGCUGUGGAACGAGGUGAUCCGUCUGUUCCGGGCCGGGAUGCCAGUCGGGAAGCACCGACAGAAUCUUCGGAACCACUCUGCCUGCUUCACUGCAUCAGCGGCAGUCAACUGGCUGCACCAGCUGCUUCGCAGCAACAGCAACUUCGGCCCGGACGUGACCAGACAGCAAACGGUGCAGCUCCUGAAGAAGUUCCUGAAGAACCACGUCAUUGAGGAUGUGAAGGGUCGCUGGGGCAGUGAGGACUUGGAGGACAACGGGACUCUCUACAGGUUCCCAAGCUCCUCGCCCCUCAAACCUCUCCCCAGACCUGGUGCCACAGCGAGCAAGUCCCUCAGGAAGCGUCCAUCGCUGAGGGACAAAGAUGGAUUUCUUCGCUUCAGAAGUAGCAAGAAGAUUGACAAGGAGGCGCGGGAGAAUGUGGAACCCGUCAAACAGGCUGAGGAUGGGAGUCAGACUCUUGAGCAGAGACGCGAGUUGACAGCUGCAGACGAGCAGGAGAUCUGGAGAGACGUCACUCUGACACACCUGCAGAGGGUGCUGGGAGUCGCCUCACUGGAGGAGGUUCUUGAUCCUCGACACAUAAACCCUCUGAACAUCAUUCACAACAUGACCCGGGUCAACAAGCAUGGAGUCGUUAGCCUGGACAACAAGACAGCAGACGAUCUUCCUCACUGGGUUCUCUCUGCGAUGAAGAGUUUGGCAAACUGGCCCAAGUUUGACAGCGAGCAGCCGUCUUAUCCGGGAUUCGAGCGCGACGUCUUCCGAACAGUGUCGGAUUACUUUUACAGCCUCCCGUGGCCUCUGCUGACCUUCGAGCUCUACGAGCUCUUCAUCAACGUCCUGGGUAAGUGUGCAGCUCGCUCAAACGUUUUUGUGUCGCCGACUAACCUAAGUCCUGCCUGCUCUGCCUGCAUUGACACUUCUUCGCUGCACUGCCUGUUCUUCCCCUCCUCUGUGUCAGUCCUCUGCGGCUAUGUUGUGGUGCCCGCUACUCACCAGUUGGGAAAGCGCAAGAGGCCUGGGCCUGGCCCUGCUGAGCUGCCAGCCAAAGCCUUGUUCCGCUCCACCGAGUGUCUCCUGCUGUCACUACUCCGUCAGGGGUCAUGUGACGAGACGGAGUCACCCAUGACAGAUGUGCUAGGUGGUAAGCUGGAGUCACGGCGAGCGAUGAUGCAUGGAUGCAGGAUAACACGGGCACGGAGCUGCUCCCUGGAGACAGUCCUAGAUGGCCCUGCCCCCCUGACCCGCCAGAGACUCUUCAUGUCAAGUGAGAGUCUAGCCUCUGGGAUAGAGGUCAACUCAGAGGAAGAGUGUCCUCCCAGCUCUGCAAGAGGCAGAGCAGGUGACAGAAAGUGGCACUCUCUUCAAGGACGCAGCACCGGCAGCUGCAUUGACAUCACCAUGGAAACCGGUAAAGGGGUACGCAAAACCUGUCGGCGAAGUCGAGUCAUCAGCGGCACGGACGUGAGGACACCUGUCUCCCAGCGUGACAGCUGUGUCUCCAGCCCUAAACCCAAAGGGCUCAAAGCCAUCAGCACCUCCAACCUCUGGACGGGCCCCCACGACAUUCCUGCAACCCGCCGAUGUCUCAGCUCCCUUGAUGUUUCGCUGCAUCCACCUGCUCACAAACCCAGUGCCCAAGUCCCGCACAGUCUUCUUCAACCAGAUUGCGAGCGCCGGGCUGUGGAGGCACUGCAGUUGUGCACGUUGCUUCUUCCACCUUCAUCUCGCAGGAAGUUGCAGCUGCUGAUGAGGAUGAUCUCUCGCAUCAGUCAGAAUGUGGACAUGCCUCGUCUCCACCCAGCCAUCGGCACCAGAACCCUGAUGGUCCACACCUUCUCAGGCUGCGUCCUGGCAAGUGCAGACGAGUGUGACCUGGAUGAACUACUGGCCACUCGGCUGGUCUCAUUUCUGAUGGACCACCAGGACCAGAUCCUGACCGUGCCCCAGUACCUGCUGACUGCCAUCAGUGACCAUGUCAGCUACCUUCGCUCUUCCCAGGUUCCACUGGAUGGCCUGCCCGAGGAAAGAGGCGGAGCUCCAUUGCCUGUCUACACAUUCUGUCGGCAAAUCAGUGGCGCCGAGUUCGAGCAGCAGAAAUUAUUGACGUCCCGCCAGGCGAUGGAGGAACUUCUGGAGAUCCUGCUCACGGACCAGAACCUGAGUGACCGAGACCGGCGUAAGAAACUCAAGCAGUUUCAGAAGCAGUACCCUGACAUCUACAGCAGCCGAGUCCCGGCCCCGCCCACACACAACAAGCCGAAAAUAAAGGCACCACUUAUCAACAUCACCCGGACCAAAGUGUUGAGCCUUCGAAGCUAAGCAUUCGCACAACCGUUAGCCUACCUGAGUGUUGGAGUGCCUGACGUGGCGACACUCUCAUAAAGAUCUGUUACCUUUUCCUCAUUCGCGACUGUCAGGCGUGUUGUUUCUGGUUUCAUGUUGUCUUGCUCGAGGAUGUUAGUAAAAUCUACAACCAGCUUUUUAGUGACACGACAAUCAGACAAAGCUUUUAUUUAACCCUGCUUGUUUUUAUUUAUUGUUUUUGUAAAUUAAAACUGGUGCUUUUC